AUGGGCCUGGCAUGGAGAGGAGGUGGGGCAGGUGUCCAGGGGAGGGCACAGCCCAGCACAGGUCUCCAGUCCGAUGUGCAGAUCAUUGUCCAGGAAGGGCCUGGAUCGAAGGUGCACGAUAUGGGUCAGACAGUCACCACUAACAAGGAGGAGUCCCAGAAAUCAGACAGCUGUCUGUCCUGCGGCCAAGACCAGGAGCUGCCAGAAGUCAUCUGUGUCUCUGAAGGCCGUGUCCCCCAGCCCAGGGACCUGCUGGUCACUCCCAUGGAUGAAAAGCACUGUGAGAUGCAAUAUGUAGGGCAGGCAGCAGAGAGCAGUGGGCAGCUGCAGCAGUACAGAAGCAAGGAAGGAAAGACCUCAGACACCUCAGGACACAGGGGAGUUUACGAAGACAGGGCCAUGGGCACAGACACUGACAGCUUCAUAGAGACCAUCGCUGAGCAUAUCCUGCACACACUGAGCAUUGAGGAUCUGCAGCAACUGCUCACUGAAGAUGCCACCUGGGAGAUAUUGAUGGAGAAGACUGAUUUGACCAGGGAGGAGGCAGAUGCUAUGCAUGAGGCUCUGAUUGAGAAGAUCCUUCAGGCCAGGAAGAGGUUCUUGAAUGCAUUUCCUCAUGUGAAAAAGGAGCUGCAGGAGGGCAUAGCCAAGCUCUAUGCCCUCGCAGAGAAGGUUGACAAGGUGCACAAAGACUGCACCAUCACCAACGUGGUGGCCAGUUCUAGUGGUGCUGUCUCUGGCAUCUUCACCAUCCUCGGGUUUCUUCUGGCACCUGUGACAGCAGGUGGGAGUCUGCUGCUGUCAGCCACUGGGAUGGGACUGGGAGCAGCCGCUGCUGUGACUGGUGUUACUGCCUCCAUUGUGGAUGAAGGAAACAAGUGGUCAGCGCAAGCUGAAGCCAGUCAUGUGCUGUCAACCAGCAUGGAUGCACAGAAGGACAUUCUAAAAGUUCUGUUUAAGGUCGGGCCCAAAGUUGCUGCUACAGCCAUAAAGUGUAAGAAAGCCAUCCAAGGCACUGAUAAAAUCAUCCAUGCCAUUAAGGAGGCCAGGUCCAACCCUCAGUUACUAGCUAAUGCCAAACGCCUCAUGAGAACUGGGAAAAUCUCAGUCAAAAGUGUUGAGCAGGUACAGAAAAGCCUUGGAGGCACUGUUCUGGCAAUGACCAAACGUGCCAGGAUCAGGGGUGGAGCAAUGACAGGUGUCUUCCUUCUGUGGGAUGUGUACAACAUUGUGCAAGACUCAGUGCAUUUGCAGGAGGGGAAAGAGACAGAAUCAGCUGCAGAGCUGCGGAAGCGGGCUCAGGAUCUGGAGAGGAAGCUGGAGGAGCUCAUCCAGAUCCAUGAGCGUUUGCAGGUGGACCUGACUAAGUGACAGAGGCCCCCAAGCAGCACAGAGAUCAGGGCCCAGGUGCAUUUCAAGCACAUAGACAAAGGCAGGAAGUGCUGCAGAGGGGAAAAGAGGGUGAGAUCAAGUCUAUGCAACUGUGUGUUCAGGAACUGUGCAUUUCUGCGGUUGAAUCCAAGCAGGGAGGGUUUCAUGCAGAUGAAGUGAAUUAAAGAGAAGGCAGGGCCCUGGGGAGUGACAUAAAGGAGAAGCAGUGACUAUAGAGGG